AUGGGUGUCGUCGCCGUGGCCGGAGGAACCGGUGGAUUUGGCAAGACCGUCGUCGAACAGCUGGCUCUCAGCGGGAAGCAUGACAUUGUUGUUUUCAGCCGCACUGCACCCGCCGAGCAAGCCAAGGACGGUCCCAAGUUCAUCAGUGCGGACUAUACCAACCUUGACUCCCUCAUUAAGAUCCUUGAAUCUCAAAACAUCGACACCGUCAUCAGUACCAUUGGCCUCCACAAUGAGGCCACUGAAAAGGCGCAGCUCAAUCUAAUUGAGGCUGCUAAGCGGUCUAGCAAGACUAAACGCUUUAUCCCUAGCGAAUUCGGGGCUAUGAACACGCCAGAGUUCGCCAAGAUCGAGCCGUAUGCCAACGUAUGGCUUCGCGCUGCCGACGCCCUCAAGGCAUCAGGGCUGGAGUACACCCGAUUUAUUAACGGCUUCUUCCUUGACUACUGGGGUAUGCCUUACAUUAAGACAUACAUGCCAAUGUAUAAGUUUGCAUUUGAUAUGGAGAACCACAAAGCUUCUAUCCCUGGAACAGGUAAUGAGCCCCUGACUGUAACUUACACUGUUGAUGUUAGCCGCUUUAUUGUCCGGGCCCUUGAUGAUAAGGAUUGGCCUGAGUUUAGCAUUGUUGCUGGCUCUGAUAUUACUCUAAAUGAGGCCCUAGCUAAGGUCGAGAAAGUCCGAGGCAAGAAGUUUAAUGUAACCUAUGAUAGUGAGGAGAAGCUUAAGAACAACCAGUCGACUGUUCUAUUAGGCUAUGAAGGAGUUGCCCCUGACGAGGUCCAGUGGCUGGAUUCCAUGUUUGGUAGAAUGAUUAUCGGAGGCUGGCUCUCUAUGCCGAAGGAGAACAGAAUCAGCGAAAAGCACCCUGACAUCAUUCCGCUGACUGUUGAUGAGCUCCUGGCUAAGUAUUGGGGUGCAAAGAGCAAUUAG